GCUUAGAGGAAGAGAAGAGUGUUACACCCGGAAUAACAAAACAACACGUCAACGUGAAGGCUAAGUCAGCGGAAAUUCGGCGCCUGUUUCCGGUGGAUUGUUUGAUGGUGUGAACUGUGGAUGCAGUUCGCUGGUGUCUGUUGGGUUCGUUAAUGCUCAAGUAGACCCACCAUCACGGCCAGCAGCAGCACAAACAGCCGCUGAAGGCGCCACUGUGACCGCGGAGGAAAGAUGGCCGCCCCUGCUCUCUCCAGCCGGACCAGCUCGGCGGGCAGCCUCGGGAACAGCCCCACCAUGGCCGCCGGCAGGCUGCCUCACGGUGGUGGGGGCGUCGGGCCCGAGCUCGACUUCAGGUCGGCGGCCCGCAUGGAGGACCUGAACCGGCUCAUUCAGGAGUUCAGUAAGCACGACCAGCGAGAGUACGACGACCAACGGGCCUUGGAGAUCCACACGGCCAAGGACUUCAUCUUCUCCAUGCUGGGAAUGGUCCAGAAGUUGGACCAGAAGCUGCCGGUGGCCAAUGAGUACCUCCUGCUGUCAGGAGGUGUCCGGGAGGGAGUGGUGGACAUGGACCUGGACGAGCUCAGCGUCUACGCCCGCGGCACAGACUACGACAUGGAUUUCACGCUGCUUGUGCCUGCGUUGAAACUGCACGACCGCAACCAGCCGGUGACCUUGGACAUGCGGCACUCGGCUCUGGGCCACUCAUGGCUCAGCCUGCGCCUCUUUGACGAGGGAACCAUCAACAAGUGGAAGGACUGCUGCACCAUUGUGGACCACAUCAACGGGACCACCAACUACUUCUUUUCGCCCACGCUAGUGGCCGACUGGUUCUACCAGUCCAUCUCACUGGUGCUACUGGAGGUGCAGAAGAAGCCUCAGAGGGGUAUUCCCAGAGUGGAGAAGGUGGAGAGGAAUGGGACGGUCAUCUCUGUCAUCCUGGGCGUGGGAAGUAGCCGCAUGCUGUACGACAUCGUCCCUGUGGUGUCGUUUAAGGGGUGGCCAGCCGUGGCUCAGAGCUGGCUGAUGGAGAACCACUUCUGGGAUGGCAAGAUCACAGAGGAGGAGGUGAUCAGCGGCUUCUACCUGGUUCCCACAUGCUCCCACAAAGGCCGCAAGGAGAACGAGUGGCGCCUGUCGUUUGCCCGCAGCGAGGUGCAGCUGAAGAAGUGCAUCUCGUCCAGCCUGAUGCAAGCCUACCAGGCUUGCAAAGCCAUCAUCAUCAAGUUGCUGUCAAGGCCCAAAGCCAUCAGCCCGUAUCACCUGCGCAGCAUCAUGCUGUGGGCCUGCGACCGCCUCCCUGCCAACUACCUGGCGCUGGACGACUUCUCCGCCCACUUCCUUCUGGGCCUGAUCGACGACCUGCAGCACUGUCUGGUCAACAAGACGUGUCCCAACUACUUCAUCCCGCAGUGCAACAUGCUGGAGCAUCUGUCGGACGAGACGGCCAUGCUACACGCUCGCAAGCUCUCCUCGGUGCGCUCCGACCCGGCCGAGCACCUGCGCACCACCAUCGAGCACGCCAAGGCCGCCAACCGACUGACGGUGGAGCUGCAGUGGCGGGGCAGCACCAACAACCUGCCGUCGCCACAGUCCGACGCCGGCGGCGAGAACCAGCCAGACGACCGCCUGGCCAAGAAGCUCCAGCAGCUGGUCACAGAGAAUCCCGGGAAGUCCAUCUCCGUCUUCAUCAACCCAGAUGAUGUCACGCGGCCGCACUUUCGCAUUGAUGACAAGUUUUUCUGAAGCGGACCUCUUCCUCACCCACCUCACCCCCCCCCCACUACUCGUGACCAACCUCCACGCAAACCUUAUUUUGUACAUUUUUGUUAUGUUCCUCUGCCACAGUGUCAAGUCGUGUUUGCCACGAUGUUUCAUUUUUUUUAGUGUUGUUAUUUUUCUACUUGCCCCCUCCUCCCCCUCACUGUGUUUUACCUGCUGGAGGCCUUGACACAGACAUCCAUAAAGACACCAAGACACGGACUCCAGAUAUUGCAACAAUCAAGAAUGCUGGGGGUAGAAAAAGAGAGAAAAACCGUCUGCUGAUCUUGUUAAUGGUCACUCAUCAAGACUACUUAUAUGUCACUCACCUAGAGAGUCAAUACUCGAGGCACCGUGUCAACAAAUGUCUUGUCGUACUUCACAAAGCGCAACUAAAAGCAGUUCAAAGAAUGUACUUUUCAUUUCCAUCUGAAAUUUCAAUUACCAUGUUGUCCAACUGCAAAAAAGAUCAAAGGCUCAAAUGGGAUACAUCCGUCGGUGUAUUUAUAUAUAACUUGUGUAUUUAUUUAUAUGAGAGGUCUUCGCUUUAUGUUGUCUCUCUCUCUAAAUAGACUUCUAAACUGUUUACAGAACACAUGAAGGACAUAUAAAAUGCAGCAAUUAAAAUAUGUAAUAUGAUAAUUAAAAGGGGAAAAACUAAUAAAGUCUUGGACACUAGAAGGGUGUGUUGCAAGACAGGGAGAGACAGGCUCAUUGGGUGAAAGAAGUCUCAAUAAUGAGACCAGUACACUGUUUAGUUAGUUAUCACUGUCCAUUUCAUAGGAGCACGUGUUCAAAAGUACCAUCUUCAUCGCUUUCGCUUUGCUUUUCACUUUCCUUUUUUUUUUGACUUCUCAGAAAAGUCUGCCCAACACUUGGGAGACAUUCAUUUAUUGAUUCAUUUUCUACUGCUUAUCCUCACAAAGGUCGCAGGCGUGCUGGAGCCUAUCCCAGCUGUCUUCGGGCGAGAGGCGGGGUGCUUGGGUGACGAUUAAGGGGAAAAAAGGAACAAUAGUGACGUUAUGCUUUCUCAGUGUCGCAGCUUGUGAUUAUGUAUUCUUCUGCCACGCGUAUGUAUAUUGUGCUGUAUUCAGAAUUUUUGAAAAUGCUUCAUUCUCAUGAAAUGUAACACAAGGACUGCCUGUAUUGUGUACAUUGUGUACUUGGAUCCUGAGCGUGCAAAUUUCGAGUAGUGCUGUUCCAAAUCCAUUCCAGGCAGCGUUUCAUGUAAAGUCUCGUGCUUCUGACCCACUCUCAAUAAUUAUUUAAAAACAAAGUUUGACCUCGGUUUGUAUGUAGGGGAUACGGUUGAGAACUAUUCUCUGCCCUUCAUGAUGUCAUAUCAAACGCUCCCUGAUGGCAGUGCACCAAAGAAAAGGAAAGCCACUACCGUGGAAGUGAAACCACAUAAUGACAAAAAUGGCUCAAUUAAUAGUUGGCUGUAUGCUCAACCACAGACCAUCAAAGUCAUCCUUGAACAUGUCAAAGGAUCUGCUCCUAUGAAAUCGACAGUGAAAGCAUUUUAAAAUUCUUGUAUUUUAAUAUUUUUAUGAUUGUAUUUGACACUAUAUCCAUCAUGUGUUCUGCGUACAGCGUGAGGGACUUGUGCGUUCAUUGAGGUAUAAAUUAGGUCUCUGCGAAUCCACAUAUGCACUCAAAAGACUAAGUCUAAGUACGGGAUGUGCGCCAAUUCAGACACUCAUAAAAAAUUAACACUGAAUCAUUUUGCUUAUACUGUGAGACACAUCAGGCAUUAUCACAAUUGUGUCAUAAUUACGAAUGAAUGAAUGUGAACGAUUCUUUUGAACAACAGUGUGGGUGUGAAUGUAGUAUCGGAUGCUACAUUUUUAAAAUUAAUGUGCUAUGUCCUCCACAUGUACUAGGGUUGUUUUUUUUUUAACACUUUUAUCCAGAUUGUCACAGCAGCCAGAUUGUCGCCCUGUACGAUUGUAAGAAGCUUCCUGUUUGAGAUGAACUGUCCCUUGUAUGGUACUAAGGUUUUAGAAACAAGGUGUAAAUAACCUCCAAAUGAAGCGAAGGGUAGACAGGAAGUUGAUAGAUGCGACUACUCGACUAAUUUUUGCACAGAAUGUAAACAAAAAAAAACACCUGGAUUGUGUGCGAUCACUCAGUCCUGAUUUUGACAUCUGCUGCGCUCUGGACGUUUGUGUGUGUGUGUGUGUGUGUGUGCGUGUGAGUGAAGAAGCUUAAGGAACAGCAGCCGGUACGCAGCGACACUAUAGGAAAGUUUUCUUGUAAAAACAUUGCUCCCGAACACCCAACAUUCCUAAGUACACAACACUGAUGGUGAUUGUAACAGUGUUGUUAGUUUACAUGACAGUCGCAGUGUUUUGGAGCCUGGAAACACAAACAUAUGAAAACAACAUUAUCUGAUAGUUUCCAUGUAAACAGUGAUGUACUAGUACACAUGUCUUAAAGUGCUGAGUGUUUACUUCACAGUCAUCAUACAGUGGUACCUUGGUUUUUUAUUAAGUCGUUCAGAAAGCUCUUUUUUUUUCCUUCGUAGGAAAUCAUGUCAAUCCAAUGAAUUCCUUUUGAGAUAAUUUGUUUUACAUGUGCAAAACAAUUCGGAUUGAUGCAGACUUCCCGUACAUCCUGGCAAUGUGAAAUUAUUAUAUUAGUUUCUCACCUUUAUCAAAUUGCUGGCACUGCCGGUGCUGGAUUUUGCGUAACGAUACAGUACAAGACAAACGCACUGGUUUGUUACGUGCAAAACUGUACGAAAAUCAGAAAUAUUUGACACAAACUGAGGUUUGACUAUUUGAAACUCACAUUUACUCUGCUGAAGGUUAUUUUAAGGAACACAAACACUCGUCACAGUGUUUCAUUGCCAACUAGUGUCCUGGCAUGCACAUUACACCGUUUUUUUUUUAAUUUUUAUACCAGUUGUCACGUUCCGCUUUCCGCACACAAUCUCCUAAGAUGACGUAGCUCCCACGCAACGCCGCGGGAUUCGCCUUUAUGCAAACUUGAUUGUACGACCGCAAAUGUCAGCGGCGAGACGCUGCGUACUUGUUGCUGUCCUCCACGUGUCAGCACUCAGGUUAAUCUGCUGCAUUGCGACACGGUCAGGUCAGAUGUCACGCUAUGUUCCUUGAGAAGACGUGCUCUAAUCUCUCCACCGGCUUGUGUCGCUUUCUCACUUGGGUGUUUUUUUGUUUUUUUUUUGGGUUGUGAUCACAGCCCGUAGUCACUUUUAGUUUUAGAACGAUGACAUAUCUGCUGUAUAUUGAAGACGUUGUAAAGUCACUCGCAGCUCUGUAUUUUUUUUAAGUUCAUGCACAUUUUGAUCGCAUUUAUGAUGGAGUAUUGGGGCCACAUUGGAAAAACAUUUUGAGAAUAAAGUCAGAAAUGUACGAGACAAAAGUCGUACAUUUACGAGAAAAAAUGUAUACAUUUACGAGACUAAAAUGGUAAAUUUACAAAGGUAGAGUUGUACAUUUAUGAGAAUAAUGUAACUAUGAGAAGAAAGUUGGUACAUUUACGAGAAUAAACUUUAAUUGUGAAAGAAAAGAAUAAAAGUCAUACAUCUACGAGAAAAAGUCAGACAUUACGAGAAUAAAGUUGUACAUUUUCAUGAAUAAAGUAUUUUAUGAGAAAAAAAUCAGACAUUUCUGAAAAUAGUCGGAAAUGUACAAGAAAAACUCACAACUUUAGAUUAUAUAUUGCCUGAGAGUUUCUACUUUCACUUAAUAUUAUGACUUGUUUCUCGUAAAUGUACCACUUUAUUCUCGAAAUGUCUGAUUUUGUUUUUCAAUGUGGCCCUCAUAGUCUGUCGUACUCAUUUAUUUUGUAUUUGUUAUCAACGUAACCAGCAGAAAAAUUGUCUGCUGUAGUUUAAGCAUGGAUAUCAUCACCAAUGUUUUUUUGUUUUUUUUUAUGAAAGCUAAAUUGUGGGAAGUUUACAGGAAACAAUUUUUCAGGGGAGGGUAAUGGGAAAGAAGGGUGGCUUGGUUGUAGCAUUGUUUUUAAUUUUGGUUUUGUGUCAUACAUAUUUCCUUUAAUAAUGCCAAAAAAGCUAAGAAAAUACAAUUGGUCAUGUGAUCUCCAUUUUCUCAUCCUCAAGUGCAAUUAGUGAAAACACUCUAACACACAGUAAGGGUCUCCGCACCACUGACACAACAUAGAAGUGCCACACACACACACACACACACACUCCUGCUUGGUGGAAAUGUAAACCAUGUGUUGUGACCUUUGCCCUUCUGUGUCCACAACCUUUGAACUGUGAUUCAUUUUGUAUCUCCUCACUACUUUGCUGCUCUGCUCUCUUCUCAAAGGAUGGAUUUCUUUAUGCAACGUCCACCAUAGCUCCAGCCUUCUUCUUCACUGUACAGUAGAGUCACUAUAAAGUCUUUUAACAGCAAGCCGUGUCUCCUC